AUGUCUUCAACUGAACAACACCUUUCCAACAUUGCGGCAUCCCUCAAGGACAUCUAUACCUUCAUGCAGAAACAGGAAGGUAUUAACCAAUCCAUCGAGGAUCGUAUCACUUCCACUCUUGACCGCUUCAAUGCCACUGAUGAACAUCUCAGGGCCAACGAUGCUCGUCUCAACUCUGUUGAGGCCACUAUGGGCCGAAUUCUCCAGGCCAUCAAAGCAAUUUCCCCUCCUGCCUCCAGCACUCCUUCACCUCUUCAUGUCAUCUCCAAAGGUACCUCUGCUGGAUCUACAUCCAAGCCUAGUGCUCAACCACCCCAAUCCACCACUUCCUGGGCUGCCAUUGCCAGUAAGCCACCUGCUCCCCUCUCCGAUCGUAAGCGCCAAGCCUUACAUCGCUUUUUCUCUCCUCCUCCUGAUGACUCCAUUCAAAAUGGUUCUUACACCUUGGUUUAUCUCCCUCGUUCUCGUCGCAUGAAUCGCAGCCAAAUCAGAUCGAAAUUUCGCGCAAUUUCGAUUGACAAUCUCCGAAUUCUGGACCUCAACUUCCCCGCUCGCAACACCAUUGGAGUUCUCCUUCACGAAGCCUAUCUCGACGAGUUCAAGUCGAAACUUUUGGAAAUCGACACCCAACCAAUCCAGAAUUUCGAUCCAUUGGACCAUCAUCACGUCGCUGAUCCCAAAUACCAUGAUCUCUCUGAGGAACGUCGCCUCCAAUUAGCCCAUGCUCUCCACCAGGACCGUUGCAUCCGAACUCUCUACUUCAUCCGUCCUCAUCUCGUUCCUGGUGUUGCUAAGUACUUUGUUCGUCAAGGCUGGGUACCUCACACCAUGGCUACUGAUAUCAUUAACCAACGCCUCCCUCGUCCCGCCAAGCGCCGACCUGCCCCUCACUUUGCUACUGCCCAGGCCUUGCAAGCCUCCCAAUCCGCUGCUCCUCAAUCUAGUAUCCCUCUUCCCUCCACUGACUCUGACCCUAUCUCCCUGGUCCCUCCUGCUGCUCCCACUCUCACUGAUUACUUUGGUAACGCGGUGUCCACCCAAGAAAUGGACACCACUCCAGACUUUGCCUCCAAUGCCUCUGCUGAGGCACUCUCUCAUACCGGUUCUACCUCCUCGAUUGACACCGAUGAUCUCUCUCAAUGA